AUGUCAUCAGCAACCCCCUCCCCCGACCCCCGCUCAUCCGCCCACGGGCACCACAAACGACACUCCAUCCUUCCCGCCGUCUCCCAAUCCGGCCCCAAGCCUCCCGUGCAGUUCUCCUCGUCCUGCACCGUCGCCGACAGCGCCCUUCUCACGGGCCCACACACCAUCAUUGUCAGCACCGAAAGCGUGAUUCAUCCGCGUGCCCGGCUUGAGUCUUUGGGCGGUCGCGUCACGGUCGGACGGCGCUGCAUCGUGCACGAGCGCGCUUGCCUGGGGGCAGCCGAUCUGCAGGGAAGGUAUCACAAAGGGAGCCCGGACAAAGAUGGGCGAUCGAUGGGCGCGGUGACGCUGGGAGAUUACGUGACGGUCGAAGUGGGCGCGCAGGUUGAGUCCGGGGGUACUGUCAUUGGGGAGGGCACUACGGUGGGCAUUGGGACAAGGGUUGGGGCGGGGGCCGUUGUUGGGAAGCAUUGCACCCUAACCGCCAACAGCAUCGUUGCAGCAGGUGAGGUUAUUCCAGACUACACGGUGAUCUACUCGAACGGCCUACGAAGAGUCGACAAGAGAGGAGUAUCGGACCUGAAGAACAAAGCACAAGCGCGCCAGAUUGACGUCCUUAGACGAAUGAUACCCAGCAACCCAGCCAAAUUUCAAUGA